AUGAACGGCUACAGUGGCACCGUCACGCCCGGCGGCAUGUACGUCAAGGCGCUCUACGACUACGACGCCGACGACCGCACCAGCCUGAGCUUCCGCCAGGGCGACAUCAUCCAGGUCAUCACCCAGCUGGAGAGCGGAUGGUGGGACGGCGUCAUCAACGGGGUUCGCGGCUGGUUCCCGAGCAACUACUGCACCGUCGUCCAGCGCCCGAGCGAGAGCGCCGACGACGAGCGGAACGGCGUGGAGCCCGCCGACGACCACGACACGCAGUCGCUGGGCGGCACCGACUACACCAACUCGGACACCGAGUCGCUCGCCGGCAACGACACCCUGCUGCCCCUCGAGCGCCAUGCCGAAAACAAGCAUGCCAGCAAGGAGGAGGAGGCCGCCUUCUGGAUCCCCCAGGCCACGCCCGACGGCCGCUUGUUCUACUUCAACACCCUGACCGGCGUCAGCACCAUGGAACUGCCCCUCGAGUCUCCCGCUGCAAACGAGAGCGGACCCCGCGACCGCGUCAACGUCUUCCUUCCCGACUCGUCGAGGCCGCCGGCCGAGCUGCUUGCCUCGGGCGCCAUGUACGACACCGACGACGAGACCUCCGCCUCCGAUUUGGAAGGCCACGGCGUCAAGGGCUCGUAUGGAAGGAACCGGCUGUCCGACGGCGUCUCACCUGCCACCUCCAUGGAGUCUAUGAAUCAGGCCCUGGCGCCAAGAUCCCACGAUGCGAACGCUACCAGCUUCUCCGGCGCCGCGAUCCCGCCCAUUGGCACCACGGCCACGUCCUUCGCCAACAGCCCCACCACAGGACCACCCUCGGCAUCCGCACGCAAGUUCUACGACCCUGUGAAUCCAGUGCCUCUUACCUGGAAUAGGAUGGUGGAGGACAUGCGCCGAGCUAUCGAACGCUACCGCCAGGCCAUCAACAACAGCGACAGAUCAGAGUUCGGGAAGAGGGCAGAAGACAUCUCCGACCACUUGCGACUGCUGCUUGCUGCAGGCUCAGGAACCACCGACAAUCACUCUGGAAACCCUUCCAUCAUCUCCACUAACAAAGCUUUGUACCCGCAUUUCCGAGAGACCAUGUCGAGAUUCUCCAAGCUAGUCUUGUCCUCGCACAUUGCCGCGUCCGACUUCCCGCCGCCAGAUUCCUACUCAAAGUGCUUGAAAGAAGCUGAUGGUGUUUUGAAUGGAGUGUACGGCUUUGUCGAGGUCGCCCGUCAACAGCGCGGAGAAGAGAUCCCUCGCCUGGUGCCUGGUUUCAUCGUUGGCAGCGGCGUUGGCGGAAGCUGGCAUAACAACGGAGCAGACCCACGGGAUAACAACGGAAUCUCGUCUUUCAUGGACGACGAAAUCGAACCCUCUGCCGAGCCUACCGUGAAGCUAGAUUCUCGCGUACUCGAGAGAUUGGAGGACAUCAAACGACUCAUCGUAUCGAGCGUCCGUCGGUUGGACGAGCAAUGCGUUGUCCGCGACAAAGUAAUCUCGCGGCAAAGACACCAACUGGUGGGAGAUCAUGUAUGCACUGCGGGAGGGAAGGUUCUGGAGGUGUGCCGGCCAUGGAUGUCUACCAUCGAGUCCAUCAACCUUUCCUCAAUAAGCACGACCUUGCAGGAACAGCAACUAAGCGAGUUCAGCAUUCAAAAGCAAAAGAUGUACGAUAUAGUCUCAGAGCUCGUUAUAGCAUGUCAAGGAGUUGCAGCCCCAUUGGGCGACGAGUGGGCCGAGUUGCGUGGAGACUCUCUAGAGGAUCGAAUCAACGCGGUACGAGCUGUCUCGCGAGAUCUCGAAACCACUGUCGCCCAGCAGUACGGACUCUUGCAGAACCUGUCAGAAGCAGUCCCCCUCUCCGAGAUCGCCGUUCGCACUGACCCCCGAAGAUUCACCGACACGGACUCGGAGCUCGCGACUUCGCAUGCUCGAGGCCCAUCAGCGACACUGAGACCGCUGCUGAAAGAUGUGCCACAAGCCAAAACAUAUAGCGAAGGCACUGCCUUGGAUGACAGCAAGAUCGACCCAAUACAGCCUCCAAGGAACAACAAGAAGCUCAAGGACUUCUUUGGUGAGGUGCCGGUCAUUCCGCAAACUGCCGUGGAAGAGACGCCAGAAUAUCUGAAGCUCGACCAUGAAGGCGAGAUCUCCUACGACCACAAGGUGACUCCGCCACAACUGCGUGGUGGUACACUGGCAGGACUCGUGGAGCAGCUCACUCGCCACGACCGUCUUGACCCAGCCUUCAACAACACAUUCCUCCUCACAUACCGGUCGUUCACCACGGCCUCUGAGUUAUUCGAAAUGUUGGUCAAGCGGUGGAGCAUUCAGCCACCUCACGGCUUGGCCAAAGAAGACUACCAAACGUGGGUGGACAAGAAACAGAAGCCUAUCCGGUUCCGCGUAGUCAACAUUCUCAAGAGUUGGUUCGACAACUACUGGAUGGAAGGCAACGACGAGGAGGCACGGAUACUGAUCCAGAGAGUGUACAACUUUGCAAAGGACCACGUCGCGACAACUAGCACACCAGGCGCCGCUCCUCUCAUGACCUCUGUCGAACAGCGUUCUCGCGGCCCAGACAUGCCAACCAAACGCCUCGUACUGACUCUCAGCGCCCAGACGCCACAGCCUAUUUUGCCGAAACACAUGAAGAAGCUAAAGUUCUUGGACAUUGACGCCACCGAGUUCGCUCGGCAGCUGACCAUCAUCGAGUCUAAACUAUACGGCAAGAUUCGACCCACGGAGUGCCUGAACAAGACCUGGCAGAAGAAGCUCGCACCCGGCGAGCCGGACCCAGCUGCCAACGUGAAGGCACUGAUUCUCCACUCCAAUCAGUUGACGAACUGGGUAGCGCAGAUGAUCCUAACGCAGCAGGACGUCAAGCGGCGAGUGAUAGUCAUCAAGCACUUUGUCAACGUUGCCGAUAAAUGUCGAUCGUUGAACAACUUUUCGACGCUGACAUCCAUCAUCUCCGCUCUGGGGACAGCGCCUAUCCACCGCCUGAAUCGGACAUGGAGCGCGGUCAACCAGCGGUCGAUGGGCGUGCUGGAGAGCAUGCGCAAACUCAUGGGCAGCACUCGAAACUUUGCCGAGUAUCGAGACACGCUUCACAGGGCGAACCCGCCUUGUAUACCUUUCUUCGGUGUCUAUCUUACUGACCUGACGUUCAUCGAAGACGGCAUCCCCUCGCUGAUCAAGAAAACGAACCUGAUCAAUUUUGCCAAGCGCGCAAAGACGGCCGAGGUGAUCCGCGACAUUCAACAAUAUCAAAACGUGCCGUACCCGCUGCAGCCUGUGCCCGAUCUGCAGGACUACAUUUUGACCAACAUGCAAUCCGCAGGCGACGUGCACGAAAUGUACGAGAUGAGCUUAUCCGUUGAGCCGCGCGAGCGCGAAGACGAGAAGAUUGCAAGACUUCUCUCCGAGUCUGGAUUCCUGUGA